AUGCGUGGUGUGAGCGCGUUGCUUCUAGCAGCUGCUGCCGUGGUGCCAGCUUUUGCCGCUAACCAGACCAACGAUGGCCUGAAGAACGUCAAGCACAUUGUGUUGUUCAUGCAGGAGAACCGUGCCUUUGACCACUACUUCGGCACGAUGGCCGGUGUGCGUGGGUUCAAGGACCCGAACGUGCACAUCUCCAAGAACACGGGCAAGAGUGUGUUCCACCAGCCCGUGAAUGAGAGCAUGAUCAAGGUCGCUGACGGCCCUGACACGGACUACAAGCCGCCCAAGAACGUGUCGGAGCUGAUGCCGUUCCACCUGCCUUACCAGGGCGGCGACUACAAGGAGCGCGUGCAGUGCAUUCUCUGUGGCUCCAACUCGUGGCAGGCCAACCAUGCUGCCUGGAACGAGGGCGAAAUCGACCGCUGGGCGAUGAACAACACGCCCUACUCGCUGGGCUACUUCCAGAGGGAGGACAUUCCUGUCCACUUUGCUCUGGCUGAAAACUUUGUGGUGGCUGACGCUUACUACGAGGGUCAGAUUGCCUCGACGGAUCCCAACCGUGUGACCUGGUUCUCGACCACCAUCAAUGCCGACGGUAGUGCCGCCGGUGGUAACGUGAGCAUGGGCGGCACUGUGCUCGACAACAACCGCGACCCUAAGUGCAUUGAGGGUAAGAAUGGUGACGAGUACUCGUGCCGCCCUCUGUACUGGAAGACGGUGCCCGAGUACAUGAGUGAUGCCAAGAUUGACUGGAAGCUCUACCAGGACUUUGACAACUUUGGUGACAACACGCUGGUUGAGUGGCGCCAGUUCCAGCUGGCUGCCAAGAACAAGACGGACCUCGCUAAACGUGGUCUCUCGUUCAGCGGCAUCAAGUCGUUCCUCGAAGACGCCAAGAACGGCACGCUGCCCGAGGUUUCGUACAUUGUUGGUCCUCAGUACCUUUCGGAGCACGCUCCCUACACGCCGAACGAUGGUGCCUGGCUGCAGCGCGAGGUGGCCAACGCUGUGAUGAACGGCAAGGCGUGGAACUCGACGGUGCUGAUGAUUUCUUACGACGAGACCGGUGGCUGGGCUGACCACGUCAUGUCUCCUCACGCCAAGCGCGGCACGCCCGGUGAGUGGAUCAAGGAUCCCUUCACGGCCGAUGGCAAGCUUGCUCCUACCGGCCCUGGUUUCCGCCUGCCUUUCUACAUCAUCUCGCCCUUCACGCGCAAGGGUGGUGUGUUCACCGAGCCGACGUCGCACGAGAGUCAGACCCUGUUCCUGGAGGAGUGGGCCAAGGCGAACGGCAAGCCCUUCCACGUGUCGGUCAUGAACAAGUGGCGCCGUGAGCAGCUCAGCAACCUUGUGAACGCGCUGGACUUUAACUCGACGGACACGAGCGUGCCCAAGAUCCCUGAGGUGGCUGAGCCUACCAAGGACCCGAUCACGGACGAGUACAACGGUGCCUGGAACUGCAUACUCAAGUUCAAGGGCGAUGUGCAGCCCAAGAUCCCGUACGGCAACCAGACGGAGGAGAAGACGCUCUUCCAGGAGCCUGGCUUCAAGGCUGUGCGUGGUAACCUGACCGAGGGCCGCUACCUCAGCUUCGCGUCUGGCAAGCAGCGCCUGUCUAUCCAGUCGGGCAAGCUCGGUACGGAGCCGCACAAGGGUCACUUUACGGAGAAGCAGCUGUUCGUCCUGCACUGGCAGGGUCAGGAGCCUAAGGACAAUGAGUUCAAGGUGGCUGCGGGUGACAAGUACCUGACGUCGGACCUGUCGCUCACGAAGAACAAGUCGCACGGUGCCUCGUUCGCCAUCUUUGACAAUGGCAACGGCAAGGGUCACUCGGCUCAGGAGCUCAAGUCGGGCAAGUUCCUGACGCUCAAGGGCGACAAUGUCACGCUCGAGAAGAAGCCGAGCUCGCUCAAGGUGUUCGCUGUUACUCUGUAA